AUGGCCCAGGGUACAAGAAAAUACACCGGCCUCUUACAAGACAAGCUCGUGCUCAUCAUUGGUGGCACCUCGGGCAUCGGAUACGCCAUCGCGGAAGCCGCUCUCGAGAAUUGGGCACUUGUGACAGUGGUAGGCUCCAAUAAGUCCAAAUUGGAAAAUGCACUGUCCCAGCUCCGUGGGUCUUAUCCUCUGGAAACAAACAACGGCCACUUGAGAGGAAUACAGGCGGAUCUUUCCUGCGCGAAGUCGCUGGAGGAAACAGUACCAACCAUUCUUGAAUACGCAGCUGACGGCGCGAAAAUCAAUCACCUCAUAAUAACGGCGGCGGACAUGACUGUUCCGCCUCCCAUCCGCGACAUAACGGUCCAAAACAUCGAGUCAACUCAUACAUUGAGAUUCCUCGCACCUCUCAUUCUGACCAAGCACCUACCUCGGUUUAUGGAGAGUAACGCCGAAAACUCCGUCACUUUGACAAGCGGAGCGCAUGGCCAAAAGGCCGAUCCGGGCUGGAGUGUCGUAGCCGGAUAUUGCGGUGCAAUCGAAGGACUUAUGAGAGGGCUUGCGGUGGAAAUGAAACCGAUACGGUUUAAUGUUGUAUCUCCCGGGCCGAUUGAGACCCAGGCUGUGAAGGACAUCUUGGGGGAGCACUACGACAUGGCGAUCAAAGUGGCUGAACAGAAGGCGCUGGUUGGGAAGGUUGGCCGCCCAGAAAAUGUGGCACAGGCUUAUUUGUAUUUUAUGAAAGAUCAGUUCGUGAACGGGACUGUCCUGGAAUCGAAUGGUGGGUUUCUUUUGACGUAG